AUGAGCAGUUCACCGCGCCAUCGCGCCAUAAGCCCGCCUACGCCGGCUCCAUCGCCGCAGCCCGAUCUGCACACCUCAAUACGGCUCGUCAACAAUGCCGCCGCAGUAGCAGCCGCCGCAGCCGCCGCAGCGGGCGGAGGAGCAUCGUCAACAUCGUCGUCGACAAUCUCAAGCGCGCCGCAUGCACUCGCCAUCGACCCACACGAUCCAUCGCAGCUCGUAAAGCAUCUCUCGCUCGUCUUGCCACAGUAUACGCAGUCGGCUCGUUUCAAGCUCGUCUCUGAGCUCGCCGAUCUCUUCAGCGUCCGCGAGCUCGCUCACCUCUCGUCGGUCAUCACACCGCGGCUCAAGGUCGACUUCCUCUCGGCGCUCCCCAUCGAGGUCAGUCUCAACAUUCUCAGCUUUAUUGAUGAUCCAAAGACGCUCGCGCGCGCCAGCUGCGUCAGCCGCUUCUGGAGGAGCCUCGUCAACGAUGAGCACACGUGGAAAGUCAUGUGCCUCAAGCACAAGUACCGCAGACGCGGAAGCAGCAACGCCGCCGUCCCUUCGCUCGACGACCGUUUGAUGCGUUCGAUCGCGAAUUCCUCGCUCACAAAUUCGCUCUCGACGCCUCGCAUCCGCGCUCCCGCUGCUUUCGGUGUGGUAGCUUCACCCUCAGCUGCAGCCGCGUCGGCACCGAUAGCGAUGCACAACGCAAGGAACCACGCAUCCGGUUCCCUCGGUGUUCUUCUCGAACAGCCGCUCCGUGCGGCCGCAGCUAGCGAUACUGCAGAAGACGCAGAAGAUCUCAACGACGACGAUGAUGACGACGCCGCGGUACUCGCAUCCCUGUAUCAGCGUUAUCGAGAUCGCGGUCUCGACCCUUCCAACGCUCUCCACGAAUUGCGCACUCUCCACGACCUUUUUCUCAGCAAGCAGGACGGCGUUCACGGCACCCUCAACGAGCCCAUGUCUGGGGCCGAUCUUGCCUUCUACGCACAGCUCGAGGAGAUCGUCGAAGAGGAGAGUCGUGCACGCUACGGAGACGAGCCUGCCCAUCCCGACGAUUCUGUCCCUUUCCGCGCCAACUCCGUGGCACCCGCUGCUGCCUCCACUACCCCAGCCAGCUCAAGGGCGCUGGCCUCACACACGGAUUCUUCGGCGCCUGCGUCCUCGUCCCAUCUCGGUUGGUUGAGUGCAGGACCCACUUCUUCUGGUUCCGCCGCUCAGCAAAUCAGAGCAACUGCUUCGUCUCCUCCUCCCGCCGCCGCCGUCAGCACCUUCCCUCAUGCCAUCAGCGGGGCAUACCGAACAGCCGCCGGCCGACUCGAUCGAUUGAGCGGAUGGCAGCAGCAGUCGACGCCCGCCACCUUCGUCACGCCUCGCUCCAACCAGGUCGACGACCGCGAUGCUCAGCUCGACGAGGCCAUGGACAUGGACGAGCAGGACGAUCUUAUGCCCACAUUGGCAUUGUCCUCGGCCGAUGCAGCACCUGUCGAACCCGCCGGUCAACCGCCCAAUGCGCCGCUGCUCGCGUCGCUGCCACAUCACGAUUCGCCCACAGGACGCUUCUCUGCUUCCGCAGCAACCACAUUAACGAGCACUCGAGCCGCCACCAGAGGCAGCGAAGGCUCUUUCUCGUUGGUCCCUGGCCCUCGUGAACUCCGACGAAACGCUGCUUCUGCACGGCAGCAACGCAGGAGUUCAGCAUCGGCCUCGACCUCGCCAGGCGACGCGGACACUUCGAGUGCACUAACCGGCCUCAACCUGGUCGGCGCUUCUGUCUCGCGCUCGCCGGUGCAAGAUCGUUCAUCUAGCAGCGCAGGACCGUCGCGCCAUCCCGUCGCUUCACCUCCCUCUGCAUCACGCGUACACCGCCACCGAUCCGCCAAGAUGCCGUUCAGCUACCGCACACACUUCAAGAUGGCUUACCUCACCGAAUCCAACUGGCGCAAAGGCGGUCGCCUUCAGACACAGCACGUCUCUGCAGAUGCGGGUCACGUCGUCACCAGCUUGGCCAUCGACAGCCAGUGGAUCGUCGUUGGCAUGGCCAAUUCCAAGAUUCACGUGUUCAGCGCCGAGACCGGUCUCUACGCGCAUACGCUGCUCGGUCACGACGCAGGCGUUUGGUGCCUCACGCUCAUCAGUCGUACCAGCAAGGGUGGCAAGCGCAGCGAUACGGCGGCGUCCGAGCCGGAAAAGGGCAAGAUGGUCAUCACGAACCCGGAAGAUGGCAGCGGCGGUAAGCCGUACCAGGCGGCAGCGGACGGGGAUCUUCGUCUCGUCCACCACGACCCACGUCCCGAUGCGGCCGAUGUGCUCCUGUCGCCUCCUCCCUCGUCGGCAGAGCUGUCGGAGGAGGACUUGUUCGGCAGCCGUGCCGUGCCAUCUUCGAGCUCCAGCUCGCCAGUCUCGGCGGGCAAGGCGCGACAGACAUACGGCCACGGCGAGACGCUGCAAUGGUUCCACAAGGCUCGCCGUGCUAUGCGGCGUCAGCAGAGCGCAAGGAAAGCAGCAGCAGCUGCUGCCGCUGCUGCAGCAUCAUCGGCAACAAAUCAAGAUCCAUCGCACAUUGAUCAGCACCUUGCGAUGGACGACAACGAUCUGAGCUUCGGAGCCGGAGACUCCGAUGCCGACCUGUCCAUCCGCUCCGAAGGACCUUCCGUGGUGCAUCGCGAGACGCGUUCGUCGGUACGAGCGAGGAACGCGCGCGAGAGCGCCAGGGCAAUUGCCGAGGCCGAAGCGGGUGCCAUCAGGGACGCUGUCAUGGCCGAUGGCACGGGUCAGGUGCCGGCUGAGCUGGCUGAGCGAAUCCGUCGCGACGGCGAGACUUCCGCAGCAGCCUCUGGUACAACUGAGGACACUGCCGGUGGAGCAGCUGGUGCAUGGGAACGUACACGGACCGCGUCGGCGAACGGUGUGAAUGCUGGUGCUGGUGCUGCUGCUGCUGCAUCACAGCAAGCAGGAAACGCGCUGGGAAUGGGCAAUCCAUGCGGCAGUGUUCUCGGCUAUGGCAACUCGGACGCGAUUGUCGUCAGCGGUGGCUGCGACCGAGACGUGCGUGUGUGGGAUCUGCGAACGGGCGAAUGCAAGCACGUGCUGCGUGGACACACGUCUACGGUGCGGUGCCUCAAGGUGCUGGACGGCAAGCCGAUCGCCGUGUCUGGCUCGCGAGACUCGACGCUGCGCGUGUGGAACGUCGAGACGGGCGAGCACCUGCAUCUGCUUGCGGGGCACCAGCACUCUGUACGAUGCAUUGAGGUGGCUGGCAACAAGGUGGCUUCCGGCAGCUACGACGGGACGUGUCGUGUGUGGGAUCUCGACACUGGACGGUGUCUGCACACGCUUCGCGGACACAUCCACUACAUCUACGCGGUUGCGUUUGACGGCAGACGCGUGGCGACGGGAUCGCUCGAUUCGACGGUGCGCGUGUGGUCGGCGGAAACGGGCGACUGUCUGGCACUGUUCCAGGGACACACGUCGUUGGUAGGUCAGCUGCAGCUGUUGGACAAUACCUUGGUGACCGGCGGUUCGGACGGUCGCGUGAUCGUUUUCAGUCUCAAGACGUACGAGUGUCUGCAUCGACUCUGCGCGCACGACAACUCGGUCACGUGUCUGCAGUUUGACGAUCGGUACAUCGUGACCGGUGGCAAUGAUGGCAGGGUCAAGCUGUGGGACUUUGCGAGUGGCAAGUUUAUCAGGGAGAUCUGCGAGCCGUGCGAGCAGGUGUGGAAGGUGAGUUAUAGAGACGAUAAGGUGGUGGUUCUGUGCAAGAGGGGCGAGAAGACGUGUAUGGAUGUGAUCACUUUUCGGCCUGCUGCGGAUGAGAUGUGA